UUUUCUACAUUUACACAAUAGAUGACCUCAUUUCUGCAUUCCUCCUGCACACAGCCCUUGCUGCAAAAUAGAACGGAAUAUUAAUAGUUGCAAUUAUUGCCCAUCUGUUUAUUUAUAUUUGUUAUAAAGUUGUUUUGUUCUCUGAGGACAUUUGCUUCUAAUUAAUCAUGUGGAUUUGCAAUCAUUGACAACUGAAUGAGCUUACAUUGUUAAGUAUUUAGCUAAUAAUUUUCAUUUCUCGGAGGAUCCCUGUAUGUCUCUGUUAUUAAAUCUCCAUAACAGAGGGACAACUUCAUUCUCACCGACCUCACGCAACACUGUUUUGCUGCUACUCUUUCUCUUUCCUGCACUAAUCAGUCUCUUCUAAAUUCGGUUUCUUUUAUCACUGUGCCCACUUCCUACUCCCAAGCAUGUUUACAUCCUGGAUGGCAGAUUGCCAUGGCCAAGGAAUUUGAGGCACUUGAAGCAAAUAAUAUGUGGGAUGUAGUUCAAUGCAUUGCCCUGCAAAUGGGUCUAUAAAAUCAAGUAUAAACAAGAUGGGACAGUUGAAAGAUUCAAGGCACGACUAGUUGUAAGAGGGGGCAUUCAAAGAGAGGGUAUAGACUUUAUCGAGACCUAUUCCCCUGUUGGUAAAAUGACAACUAUUCGAUGUCUUUUGGCUGUUGCAGUGAAGAAAAAUUGGCAUAUUUCACAAUUGGAUGUCAAUAAUGCCUUCCUACAUGGUGAUUUGAAGGAAGAGGUCUAUAUGAGGUUUCCUAAUGGAAUGCAGGCACGUAGUCCAUCACAUGUAUGCAAGCUUAAGAAGUCCCUAUAUGGUUUGCGUCAAUCUUCAAAGCAAUGGUAUGCUUGACUAACUGCUGCUUUGAAUUUCAGAGGAUAUUCACAUUCUCUCAAUGACUAUUCACUCUUCUUCAAGAAAGUUCAAGGACGAGUAUCUAUACUAGCAGUUUAUGUUGAUGACAUUCUGCUAACAGGGGAUGAUCCUUCAGAACUUGAAUCCCUCGAGUCGUUUCUCAAUUCUGAGUUCAAAAUAAAGGAUUUAGGUGCUGCUCACUAUUUCUUAGGAAUGGAAAUCAUCAGAGAGCCUCAGGGUAUCAUUUUGGGACAGAGAAAAUUUACCUUGGAUUUGUUGAAUGAGUUUGGUUGCAUUGACUCCAAGCCGGUUUCUUCUCCUUUGGAUCCAACCACAAGCCUUCGAAUUGAUGAAGGGGAUCUUUUACCUAAUCCGACUGUGUAUCGAGUGCUUCUAGGAACAUUGAAUUUUCUCACACAUACACGCCCAGACCUCUCAUUUGCGGUACAACAUCUUAGUCAAUUCAUGCAAUCCCCACGACAACCUCAUUUUGAUGCGGCUUUAAGAUGUCUCCGUUAUGUGCUCUUAGAUCCUGGUUUGGGUAUUUUCUUUGCUUCUGGUUCAUUUUUUGAUUUAAUUGUUUUUUGUGACUUCGACUGGGGGCGAUGCCUAGACACCAGACGAUCAAUCAGUGGUUAUUACAUCACUCUUGGAGGUUCACCCGUUUCCUGGAAAUCUAAGAAGCAACCUUUGGUGUCCCUUUCUUCUGCCGAAGCCGAGUACCGCUCCAUGCGGAGGGUUGUGUCAGAAAUCACGUGGCUGGUUCAAUUGCUUGAUGAUCUUGGUGUUCCUUCACCCCUCCUUGUUCCUCUUCACUCGGAUAGCCAGGAGGCUAUACACAUCGCUAAAAAUCUAGUCUUCCACAAACGCACCAAACAUGUGGAACUGGAUUGCCAUUUCGUGCGCCAACAAUACCUUGCCGGGCUUAUUUCCUUGAAUUUCGUACCCUCAGCUGCUCAAUUGGCUGAUGUGUUUACAAAGCCCCUUUCUGGACCAGUUGAUCGAUCCCUUGUUGACAAGUUGAAGGUUGUUUCACCACCCUCCAACUUGCGCGGGGGCGGGGGGGAAGGGUGUUAGGAUCUCAAAUCCAGAAUCAACAUCUUCAAACACUUCUCAUAUAGCUCAAGGAACGAAUCGAGUUUGAAAAGAAAGAAACAAAUGAUGAGUUGAUGAAGAGGAAUGGUUCUUUGGGCUCCAAAAGAGUUAUUUUCAAAUCACAAUUAUUAGGCUCAAUUAAAAACAAAUGUUAAUACGUGUACAUAGAGAGGAAUAUUCUCUAUUCUUUGUCUUGCACAAGUUGUUAGGAUUGUUAGGACUUAGCCUAUAGCAUAGUGGCCGGUGUACAGAAAAUACCUGCACUUUCUUUCUUAUGAUUGUAUAUAUUGGUGUGUACAAUGAUCAAUAAAACUACACACGGAAAUUUUUCAUGUUCUUCUUCAUUUUCAACAUUAACUUGUGCUGCUUUUGAGAGUUUGUAUAAGGGGUUAGAGGAGAAAGGCGGGGAAAAGAGGUUGUUUAGGCUUGCCAAGGCUAGGGAGCGGAAGGGUCAGGAUCUGGAUCAAGUGAAGUGCAUUAAGGGGGAAGAUGGCAGAGUAUUGGUGGAGGACGCUCUCAUUAAGAAAAGAUGGCAGUCGUAUUUUCAUAAGCUCUUGAAUGACGAGGGGGACCGAGGGGGACAAAGGUGUUGUGCUAGGGGAGUUGGAGCACACCGGGGAGUCGCGAUUUCGGCUAUUGUUGGCGUUUUAAAAUAGAGGAGGUCAGCGUGGCUAUUUGCAAGAUGCGAAGGGGCAGGGCGACGGGGCCUGAUGAGAUUUCAUUAGAUUUUUGGAAGUUUUCUAGCGUGGCUGGGGUGAGGUGGCUGACCAAUUUGUUUAACAACAUUUUCAAGUCCGCGAAAAUGCCUGAGGCGUGGAGAUGGAGCACGAUGAUUCCAUUAUAUAAGAACAAGGGUGACAUUCAGAGUUGCAACAACUACCGGGGUAUUAAGUUGUUG